AAUGCUAAUGUUGAAGCAGGUACUAGUUCAAUGCCUGAUAGUGCUGAGAGCAACAACAAUGCUCCCAUUACAAAUGAUAACAUUUCUUCUGCCGAUAACCUGUCAGUUUUGGGUACUGGUAAUGCUGUGCUUGCUCAACAACAAAUAAAUGAUGAAAGGGAAUUUGAAGACAAUGCUGCGUGGGCAAAAGUAAACAACAAAAGGCGAAAUAACAACGUAGUUGUUGUGGGUUCUAAUGCAAGCACCGAAUUGUGCAUUGCUGAUCGUAUGAUGUGGGCGCACUUGUCGUCAUUUGAUCCUAAAGUCACUGCUGAUGAUAUUAAGAAUUAUGUGUGUAAGCAUGUGAACAUUGAUAAAAAGGCUCUCUCUUGCUAUGCUUUAGUUAAAAAAGAUGACCCAGCAGAAAAUCGUACCCACGUUAACUUCAGGUUGGGUGUUCUAAAAAUUUGGCCUAUAAAUGUAAGAGUGAAACCAUUUAAUUUUUUUCGCAAACGGGGAGGUCGCAAACGAAGAGGUCGAACCCAACAACAAAAUGUGUAGAAGCCAGUACAACAACAAGAUGUGCAGAAGCCGGCGCGGCUAAUAAUAAUAUAUAUGACCUUAAGGUAUAUUUCCAGAAUGUCUCUGGCAUUCGAACUAAAGGGGAGGCAGUACGGCUUUUUAGUUCUCGUUUGGAUUUUGAUGUCAUUGUGUUUGUUGAAACCUGGCUUACAAUUAAUUUCUUUGAUAGUGAGUAUUUUGACUCCAAUUUGUAUAACGUUUACCGCAAAGAUAGAGACUCCCUGAAAACCGGCUGCGAUAGAGGUGGGGGCGUUCUCAUUGCUGUUCAAAGAAAAUUUCAUUCUCACUUGGUUGCGCUUGAUAAUUAUGAUUCGCUUAUGGACCAGCUAUGUGUUAGCAUUAAGGGAGCUUCUUCGCCAAGCUCGCUGUUUGUUAUUGCUUCAUACAUUCCACCCAAUAGCGCGGA